AUGAGUCAGGCUAAAGAACAGUUUACGGACGGUCAACUAGAUAAGAAUCAGUACAACACUCUAAUGUAUCAAGUGCUACAACUCAACGAGAAAUUAAAACUUAAAGAGGCUAAGCAGAGGGAAUCAUUGGAAGUAUCAAAACGAAAACUCAAAGCUCAAAUUCAAGAAGACAAUCACAAGACACCUAGUCCAAAGACGUCCCCUAAUACAUUUGGUGAUAUCGAUGAAAGAAUCACACCAUCCGCAUUUUUUGAUACUCCUCCGGAUAAUCAAAGCUAUAUGGCAACUGAUUCAGAUAUGAGAGUAAACUCAAUGCCCCUGUUAGAUACAAUCGAUGGACCCAAACACGGUCUGUUGCCUAUCCCGCCAGCGAUACCACAGAUGUUCGGUCCAUUCCCUCCUGCUUGGAGAGGGCCGCGACCACGAACGGACGAGUAUGUGCCUAGAAGAUUCCGAGCACCAGGUCCACCGUUCUUUAGAGGAAAGUUUGAUAAGCGAGGUGGCGUUUGGCCGCCGUUUGAACCUCGCCCAGCUUUACCUCCUCUGCCAACACCUAAAAUUGGAAUGUGCCAAGGACAGUGUCCUCUUCAACCUUAUGAAAGAAUUUCUUCUCCACCACCGCUUGGUGUCACCAGCGUUAUCGUACCACCCACCGAUUUCAAUGUCCUGGAAUAUAUUGACCAAGAUCCUUUCAAAACUAUACAGAUCGAUGGUAUUCCUCGAGAGAUAAGAUUUUAUGGAGAUACCGCAAUUAUUAUGAUGGAUUGGGACGAUCCACGCGAAAUAAGGUUUUUACCUGGAUGUAGAAGGGUCACGUUCGACAACAAGGACUCUAUAGUUUUAUCUUUUAAUGAGGGAUACAAAAAGGUUGAAAUCGAUGACCAAGUGUUUGAUAUUAAAUUUGGUGCUCCAACUAGAGAGCUGUACAUAAACGGGAGGUGGUUUGAGUGUUUCUUUGGCGGACAACCUUUAGGUGUCAUCAUUGACGGAAAGCCUAGGUUGGUGCAUUUAGAAGGACCGCUACCUCAAGUCGACAUAAGUAAGACAAAACGGACUGAUCUGGUUGCCGGAAAAAUCAACCUUAUAGUAAAUGCUGUUCACAUAUGCCCGGUGUAUUUGGACGCUAAAGUGCAGAAGUUCCAGAUCGAUGGCAAAUUCUUUACUCUUCGUUUUGUGGACUCAUUUAGGACAGUCUUGAUAAACGAGCAGCCUUUCAAGGUAGAGUUUGGUGAUUUGCCAAGACCAAUACGCGUGGGUGACGUGAAAUAUUUUAUUAGAUUUUCGGCGCUGCCAAAAUACGUAAAGCCUGGUUUGUCAAAAAUCGCGAAUAUGGAAGGGUCGUCGGUGCUGUCGCCACAGGAACCGGUAGUCAGCUUUGAGAAUAUUCACGACCAGAAUUCCAUGGAGACUGACGUAGAAAUGCCGCCCAGACCGGUCAAGACUCCUAGUCCAGAGGCUACUCCAGAGAAAGGACUCGAAAUCCUGGCAAGUGUAAUGCCUUCGACCAUGGCACCAGCUUCAGCAUCCGAGUAUAGUUCUGCAGAACCUCUCUUUGCCAUGCCAGAAAAGAUUCCAGGCCUAGAAACUCCCUCCGAAGAAAAACCUCCCGAAAAUAUCCUGCCCAUACUUGGCAAUAUCAAUGUGAACGACUUGUUCGCUAAGCUAGUAGCGACGGGCAUCGUUCAAGUACCGAAUGAACCCAAAAAAGAGGAGAAAGCAGAACCAAAGACUGAAGAAGUAAUGAAACCUAAGCCUAAAGAAGAUAAGAAUGUCAUACACAGAGUUGAUCUUUUGAAGCCAGAAACUUUGAGAGUAAAGCAACCAGGCCUAGUAGUAAAACUGUACGGCGGCAUGCAAUGCUCCGGAUGCGGGACGCGUUUCCCUCCGGAGCACACUGUGCGGUAUUCCCAACAUUUGGACUGGCACUUCAGACAAAACAGAAGGGACAGGGACUCCGCGCGAAGGGCACAUUCUAGACACUGGCACUACGAUCUAUCUGAUUGGCUGCAGUACGAAGAGGUCGAAGAUCUGGAAGAAAGAGGUUAG